UUUUCCAUUUUAUAAAUUAGGCAAUACCCCCCAGGAACCUUCGAAUGAAAUAGAUGACUACUAUUCUGAUGAAAUAGAAGAUAAGCGUGAAGACUCCCCCGACCCCCUAUUUAACAAUGAUAUACAUUUUGGAGCUGGUGAUGCUGAUUGUAGUGAUCAGGAAAAAUAUGAUCAGGGCGAGAUUGAUUGA